GAAUCAAAACAAGCCGGAGACCCGCCUUUUCCCUCCUGCCCCCGAGCGUCUCGCUCGCGCCCCGAACCCGCGGCGCCCGCGCGGCUGCGAGUCUUGGUGCCGCGCGCCGGCGGGAUGGCGCGGCGCGGGCCGCACGGUUAGACGGGUGCGGGAGGAGCCGCCGGCCCGCGCCCUCCAUUCUCUCCGUCCCGGAGCCGGCAGCGCUCAGGGUCCCGAGCGGCCGCGCCGCGCCUCGGGGAGUCGCCUUCGCUGGCACCGGGCACCUGGACGCUCCCGAGAUGCCCAACCCCAAAAACAGUAAAGGCGGACGCAAAAACAAACGCGCCAACAGCAGCGGGGACGAGCAGGAAAAUGGAGCCGGAGCCCUGGCAGCGGCGGGCGCGGCGGGCGCGGCGGCCGGGGGGGCCCUGGCGGCGGCGGGCUGCGGAGCGGCGGCGGCGGGCGCGGCGGGCACCGGAGGCGCGGCGGGCACCGGAGGCGCGGGGACGGGCGCCGCCAACGCCGCCGCCGCCGCCGCGGGAGCUGCAGCCGCGGGCGACUGUAAGAACGGGGGAGGAAGACAGACUCCUGGCUCAGCCAUUUAGAACUUUGUCAUCUUGGGAAGAAGCCCCUUGUGCCACGCCCCUGAUCUGCAGCUUCGGGAGGCCGGUGGACCUGGAGAAGGACGACUACCAGAAGGUGGUGUGCAACAACGAGCACUGCCCCCACAGCAGCUGGAUGCACCUGCAGUGCUUCUACGAGUGGGAGAGCAGCAUCCUGGUCCAGUUCAACUGCAUUGGCCGGGCCCGCAGCUGGAACGAGAAGCAGUGCCGCCAGAACAUGUGGACCAAGAAGGGCUACGACCUGGCCUUCCGCUUCUGCUCCUGCCGCUGUGGACAGGGCCACUUAAAGAAGGACACGGACUGGUACCAGGUGAAGCGGAUGCAGGACGAGAAGAAGAAGAAGUCAGGGUCGGAGAAGAACACAGGGAGGCCUCCCGGCGAGGUGGUGGAGGAGGCUAAAAAGUGCAGGCCCCUGAACAAGCCCCAGAAAGGCCUGAGCCAUGACCUCCCCCGCCGGCAUUCCAUGGACCGGCAGAACUCCCAAGAGAAGGCGGUCAGCGCUGGGGCCUACGGGGGCCGCUCCCCCUGUGGCUCCCCCGGCCAGUCCCCGCCCACCGGCUACUCCAUCCUCUCCCCUGCCCACUUCAGCGGCCCCCGCUCCUCCAGAUACCUUGGGGAAUUCUUAAAGAAUGCCAUCCAUCUUGAGCCUCACAAAAAGGCCAUGGCCGGGGGCCAUGUGUUCCGAAAUGCCCACUUUGAUUACAGUCCGGGUGGGUUAUCGGUUCACAGGGGCGGCCACUUUGACACGCCUGUACAGUUCCUGCGGCGGCUGGACCUCUCUGAGCUCCUCACCCACAUCCCCAGGCAUAAGUUGAACACUUUCCACGUGCGGAUGGAAGACGAUGCCCAAAUGGGCCAGGGCGAGGAUCUGCGCAAGUUCAUUCUUGCGGCCCUCAGCGCCAGCCACAGAAACGUUGUUAACUGUGCCCUGUGCCACCGGGCGCUCCCGGUGUUCGAACAGUUCCCACUGGUGGACGGGACUCUGUUCCUAAGCCCAUCGAGACACGAUGAGAUCGAAUAUGAUGUUCCUUGUCACCUCCAAGAUGCGCCAAUUUUUAACCCCCUUUGGCGGCAAAAGGGGAUUUCUUUGAUGGCUACCCUCAGCAUUGUGUCUCUGUGCACAGGGAGACUCAUGCACCUGUAUGCGGUGUGCGUGGACUGCCUGGAGGGGGUUCACAAGAUCAUCUGCAUCAAGUGUAAGUCGCGGUGGGACGGCAGCUGGCACCAGCUGGGCACCAUGUAUACCUACGACAUCCUGGCCGCCUCUCCGUGCUGUCAGGCCCGGCUGAACUGUAAGCACUGCGGGAAGCCGGUGAUCGACGUGCGGAUCGGGAUGCAGUACUUCUCCGAGUACAGCAACGUCCAGCAGUGUCCACACUGUGGCAACCUGGACUACCAUUUUGUGAAGCCAUUUUCCUCCUUUAAAGUUCUGGAAGCUUAUUGAUGAAAGCUUUGUUUUGGUAAUAGCUAUUUUAUCGAUACCAUUACUUUAUUACAUAUCUUUUCUAGGGAAACAUUCUGUGAUGUUAAUUUCUUUUCUAACUUAAAGGAAAGUUCCUUUGUGUACGUGGUCACUGAAAUGGGCUGCCCUUGCCCUCCCCUGACUCCCCAGUGUUGGUCUGUGGUCCUGGCCAGAGCCCGGUGGACAGUCCUGUGAGUUGGCGUAUUGGUUCCCUAUCACAAAGAGUCUCUCUUGCAGCGUUUAAGGUGGUGGGGAGGAUGGGCGGAGUUUAAGAAAGGAAUUAUGUGGUUCUAAACCAAGAGUUUGGUAGGACUUGGGAGCACACUCUUCUUACUCAAAGUCAACCGUUUAAAGACCCGCUUUAGAUCUUCUCUGGGCCGUGGGAAGACUUGUGACAGGUGAAUGUAACUCUGUGCCUGGAGCUGAUGGCGUGUCAGUCCAUCUUGUUUGGCUUCUGCAGCGCACUUUGACGUGCAGUUUACACUCACUGACAGUUUAUUUGAAAGUUAACAUGAGGGCUAUUUCCAUCACUCUUCUAGUUUCAUAGUCAGUUUUCAUAUUGAAGAUAAUAUCCAAAUUAUGAGACAUAUGAGAGCUAUUGGUAUUGCACAUAUUUUUCGGGAAGCUGACCUAUAGCAGAGAGAAUAUACUAAGUGAAUUGGAUGCACAUGGAUUUAAGAGGGCAGAAAUGUAGAAAACCGUGAUUUGAAUUUGGUCACAUUAGUUCCCAAGGAGAAUCCAUGAAUAAUAACAUGAUUUGGGCAGCACUGAUAUAUGCAAGUUGCACUGUCGAAAUGCCACUUCAUGUCAGACCCUUCUCAUAGGUAAAUCUCACAGCCACAGAACUCACUGGUGAGUUUGGGAACCACUCAUGGCCACACUUCUCUUCCCCAAAAUUGCUGACAGCAACGUUUUACCCCUUUAAUGCUGAGUUUCUAAAAUAAAAAAUUUGGCCCUAGGGAGGAAAGGAAAACAUUAUUUGUGAGGGUAUGAGGAAAAGAAUAAUUUUAAUAUUUCUGUUUUAAGUGUAUUUCAUUUUGGAAAAAUCACUGAAUUUAAGGUAUAACAAUAUGUUUGAAAGUAGAUAAUUUGGAAGAUCUCUAUGAUACCUUACCAUUGGUGAAAAAAAAGAUGAUACUAUAUGUCUUUAUUUUGUCAGAGCAUUGGGCUUUCAACAUACAGCUUUCUGCUCAUUAGAUAUUGGUGAUUUAAUUAGACAUACAUCCUAUGCCCUUAUAGGAUUGGAAUAUUACACAAAAAUGAAUUUGAUAAUUUCAAAUAUGAUAUAUAUAUGCUAAUUGAAAACUUAAAAUAAAAUUAUUUUACGGGCAACCAAAUUCGGAGUUAUGUGAGCAUUUAUAUUACUCACUUGGUUUAUACCAUUUUCUCCCCUCAGAUAAACAGUUGUUUUUCCUCUCAGAAGUGUGCAGGCAUUAUUGCAAGUGAGCUUUAGCUCUACAUGGAACAUUGAUGUUUUGUUUGAAACAACACAGCCUUAAAAAGAACCCACAUGUUAAUAGUCUUCAUCUUUCAGUUUAGAUGAUUGUAAUUCAGCUUACCGCAUCUGGUUUGGUGUUUGAUGAUCUGAAAAGUGUUUCACAGUGGGGGAACUGCUCAAUGCCAGUAAGAAGCAGAAAAUCGUCAUUGGUCUGACAGUAUUUGAUGCAACUGCAACAGGUCUAUAGGACAUAACCUUUGCAAAUUUGUCUGUAAUACACAGAACUGUAAUUGUGGGUUAACUGUUUCCCUGUUAAUUCUCUCAUGUACCCAAGUACAAAAGUUUCUUUUGUCUUUUGAGCACCACUUGGCUUUUACCUCUGAAUUUAAAAUGAAUAGUAAAGUAUUUGUAAUGCUGUUCUUUAACCCACCUAAAUUUUUGUAGAGAAACCUGCUAGUAUUAUUCUCAAACUUAAAGUUUAUGUAUAGAUUCCAUUUAGCAAGUUCCUUGGUCUAAAACUGCUCUGAGUGUAGUGUCUGCUGCAUUCAGUAUUUUCUCCUUAUAUCACUUUCUACUACCUAAAAAAUAAGUAUGACAUAAUUAGGUAAAACUUGCUUUUGACCUUUGUUUUGAUGAAAAAGGAUCCUAUGGAUGCUGCAGUUACACAAAAGGAGAGGCAUAGAUAGGUAUCACAUCUGAGGAUAUCUUUGGCCUUCAAGGCAUCGCAUUCCUGUCUAAAAUGGAAAAUUUGGUUGAUUUGAGAAUAAAAUAUAAUGGAUUAUACAAUAAUAUAGAGAAUAAAACUUAUUUUGGAAACCUGCUGACCUUAAUAUUUUCCCCAUGCUUUUUCAAACUACUUUGCUUUGAGUACCUUGAUGGAAAUUGGAAUAUGUGAAAAAAGGUGAUUAUUUUUGUUGUGGUUUGGAUAUUAAAAGGUACUAGUCACCCAAGAGAUCCGUCUUCUGUUUUUCUGAUGAAUAGUGCUCAAUAGUCUGAAUCACUCAUAGUGACUUAUAAUUUCAAAGCAAUUUGUUAUCUGCUCUAACUUUUUUAUCACUUAUUUUUAAGAGUUAUACACCUUGAACAAAUACAAUUACCUAGUUUAGUUUAGUGAGAAAACUAUUUUUGAUGGUCUCAUCAUUCUCUUGAGACCAGCUCAGUUCUCCACUUUCUUCUAGUUGCAUCUGCAGCACUUAAUGUACUGGGUUUACACCUGAAAAGAGAUAUUGGCAUGAAACUGGGGAGUUAGGUCAGUUAUUCCAUUCUAAUUAAGAAAGAGCUUUCUCCAGUCUUUAUUUUAGUUUUUGAAAAAAAAAAAAAAGUUCAUUUUCAGAGUAAGAAGUAUUUUCAUAUCUGUUUUGGGGAAGUUAAUUAAUCAGAAAAGAAUAUUAUUAGUUGUUUAAACCCUAAAACUAAUAGAUAAACUGAUACAUAAUUGAUUAGACCACUAAAACUAACGUGCUGAAAUCUUUCAUUUUGUCCUAUAAGACCAUGUCUUAACUUGCCCUCUGUUCUCCUGUGCCAGGUCAGUAUCUAUAGCUUGCUUUUUUCAUUAGUCUCAUGGUAGCAGCUGUUGAGUAAUUUUAGUUGGAGAUUUGGGAGGCAGGGAAGCGAAAGUGCUCUUGUUCGGUGUUUUGGUUCCUAUAACCUGAUGCUGCCUAACUCAGCUCAUCUCCAUGUCCUGUUGACUUUAUUACCCUUCCAGGUAAUAGAAAGAAAACAUAAUGGAUGGGCAUCUUUAAAACCAGCUAAAAAUGUAUUCUUGUCAUUAAAGAUUACUUGUCAAGAUGUCUUGGAUUGCACUUUUGUGAAGGGAAGACAGUGUAAAUAGUUCAAGAAUGUUGACAAAAUUGAAACAUUUGGUUAUGGAAUUGUGUGUAAUGGUAGAAGGUUUCUGUUUGUGAAAUGUAUGUAAUAAAAAUAAUAAAGCUUCAGAAACUUA